CGACUACACACACACGCACGCACGUCAGUCGAAGGUUCGUUGCUCGGUCGGCCGUUCGUCGUCUCUCUCUGUCCGCGUAAUCUUAUCUGGUUCAGGUGUCGAGUACGAUAUUAUUAUUAUAUUUAUUUACCUAUUCAUUUAUUAAAAAUUUAUUAUCACACACACCCACGUGCGCCGGUAACACAUUCGAUGUGUGGUAUAAUAAUCAAAUUAAAAACAUGACGUGCAUCGCAAUCGGGUCUAUUUGGGUUCUGCCGUUAUCACCUCACGCACGAGUGAAAACCCCGAUCCGGUAAGUUCGCAGUGCGAGCGAAACGAGUUAUUCUUGAAAACGUACGUUUUUGUGUGCCGGUGGUCUCCGCCCGUGAUUUGGAGUGCUUUUUUUAAUGAAUAGUAAAACCCAAAAAUUUUCUUUUAUUUGCGUUUUUUUAAAACCAUUUUUCAACUUACUUUUUGUUUUAAUCUACAGUUAGUAAAUUAUUUUGCAUUUACGUUAAAUUUUUUUUAAUUUCGUCAAAUCUUACUGUUCUCUGUGAGUAGUGCGCUUAAAAAAAACUCCGUGUGGUUUUUCUUCACCGAAACUGCAGUAUUAUACACUGUUGUAUUCUUAACUAUAUAAUAUAAUAUCAUAGUGUUUCCGUUCUCAAAUACACUAUCAGUGGUGUAUGUACAGUGAUGUAGUGCGUAAGGUUCGCGUGUUUGUCGUUAACGAUGUAAUUACGUCUGAAGCGAUGUUAGAACACGAUUUUACUAUCACAGGACUAGAUUCCUGAAUGUCGAAAAGGACGCUGAGAAACCUAAGUCAGACCGAGACGACAAGAUUUCGAAAAUCGACGAUGGUAGAGCGAAUCGAAAACGAAACGGAUUGUAAUAUGCCACAAGGCUCCUGCUGGUCUACGGUGUACUCUGGCUUUUAUUUAUUUCUCGCCAGGCAUUCAGGUCGGAGACGCACAGCGGAAUCCGAAGAAGCAGUGAGGCGGCAAGGCGGCGGCGGCAGCGGGUCGUCACAAAGCCUGCACCGCGCCGCCACGUUCACCAUGUUCAAUUUCCUCCUGCUAGUCUCUGUAUGCCUUUCGUCAACCACACAUGCGUGUUCGAGUAGGUCGAUGCCGAAACCUCGACCGUUGCAGCCGACGGAACGGCCGAACGUCACCUUCCACACCACCCCCUGUCCAACCGUAUACGCCAAAUGGUAUUGUCUCAACGAGGCCACAUGUUUCGCCAUCGCAAUCGGCGAAUCUGUACUGUACAACUGCGAAUGUCCCGACGGUUUCAUGGGACAGAGAUGCGAGUUCAAAAACUUGGACGGCUCGUACACGACUGCUCGACGACAAGUGAUGCUUGAAUCGGCCAGCAUAGCAUCGGGGGUCAGCGUGGCGGUACUGUUGGUGUUCAUAAUCUGCACCACGUUUUACGUCAGGUCCAAGAGACAGCGGAAACUCAAGUUGAACGCAGCCGACGUCUCAAUGGUAGACGGCAACUGGACGGACGCGGAAAAGCGGCCGUUCUCGUAUCGUCCGAAGCACACGAUCAUCACAAUUCCUCUAAAGACAGUAAUCACAGAACAGUCGACGCGAUCCUCCGGCGACGGCCGCCACCGCCCCGAAGAUAGUUCGCGACAAGAACCUUUGAUCGUAUGAGACGACUGCAGCUGCUAAUUAUUCCAAAGUUAUUAUAUGUUCAGGAGAGCAAUCCGUGCGGACGACAGAUGACGAUUUUUUUUUCACGGGGAGAUCAAUACAAUAUUUUUGGUGUCGACCGCAACACGCCGCGGAUACUACACACACACACACGGCGAAACAGUCGUUCAGCAGCCAUAAUAAUAAUUUAUAUAUUAUUACGAUACAGGCACAACAAUUAAUUACGACACGAACACACGCAUACCUACACACACACACAACGUCACGUCGUCGUCCCGAGAGCUCAACGCUGAGGAUUUUACACACACGACUCGCGAAAUAAAAUUUGAGAAAUUCAAAAUCGAAUGUAAUAAAAUUUUAACCAAAAAAAUUGUUUUUUAAACGGACCGUUUCAACUGUAGUUGUGUAUCACGUGUACUAUGUGUCGAUAAUUGUUUAUUAUUGUUUUGUGAGAGCAUCGCCGUGGCAUAUUCUGUAAAAUCGACGACGUUUAUAUUGACACAUAAAAUUCGACUAGUUUUGAUGUGCGUUAUUUGAUUAUAUUAAUUUUUACUGUCGUCGUCGUCGUCGUCGUCGUCGAUCCCCUCUGGCGUGUGUGAUGUCUGCACCGUCGUCGCGUUUUUCUCAUAUUAUUAUUUUGCCCGUUGUCCCAAAUAUUAUUAACGCAAAUAUACGUGCCGCUAUGAUAGGAAACGCACUCGAAAUUGAUCAUGUUAUAGUGUUUUAUAUUGUAUAAAAUCGUAAUUUUCGUGACAUUUUUAACUUCAAACGUAUAUAUUAAUAUAUAAAAAAAAAUCGUCUGAGCCAAUAUAUAUAUAUAUAUAAUUAUAGGUACAUACAUACAUAAUAUAUUAUAUGUUUAUAAAUAUAUGAUAUAGUCAUUAUUGUGUUUUGUUUCCGUGAUAACAACAUAAAAGCAUAGCGAGUCCGCUUGACAAGACUUUUCGACUAGUUGUCUCAUUAAUGGCUCACACACUCCCCACAUAGUAUGUAUGUGUAUGUA